CACCACCCCACCAUCCGGUCCCGGACUUGCAAGCUUCCCGGGUUUCAAGAAUCCCUCCCCGAAAACCGACCAUUCAUUGUGAACCAGUGUGUUCCGGCCACUUGCCGAAUCCAACCAACAGCCUCCCGUAACCGAGCUAAAAAUGGGCAAGCCACAGGUUGACUACAGGUUGUACCUGGUCACAGACUCAACCCCGGCUAUCCUCGGCGACAGGGACCUCAACGAGGUUGUCGAGGCCUCGCUCAAGGGGGGUGUCACCAUCGUCCAGCUCCGCGAGAAGAAGGGCGACACGGCCGAAAUCAUCGCAAAGGCCCAGAAGAUGCAGCAAGUCACGCGCAAGUACAAUGUGCCGUUGCUCAUCAACGACCGCGUCGACGUGGCUCUCGCCGUCGACUGUGAGGGCGUCCACAUCGGACAGGACGACAUGGAGCUGUCCACCGCAAGAAAUCUCCUAGGGCCGGACAAGAUCAUCGGAGUCACGGUCAGCACCGUUGAGGAAGCACUCAAGGCAUGUGAAGGCGGUGCUGACUAUCUCGGCAUUGGCACCGUCUAUGCCACAGCGACAAAGACCAACACCAAAGAUAUCAUUGGAACCGCUGGCGUGCGCGAGAUCCUCAGAAGGAUCGCUGAAGCAGGGUAUAACACGCCGGCGGUCUGCAUUGGCGGCAUCAACGCGUCCAACUUACAGCGCGUGUUGUACCAGUGUGCCGCCCCGAAUAAGGUUCUGAACGGCGUCGCAAUUGUGAGCGCUAUCAUGGCGGCUGCCGAUCCAGAAGCUGCCACCAAGAACCUCGCUGCCCUGUCAAGAGGUCCUCCAGCCUUUACACUGGACACCAGCCGAGAUCUGUCGGCUGAUGCUGACGGCAAAGCCGUGAUUGCCCUGGCAGCACCCGUCAUUCGAAGAAUUCACGACACCACGCCCCUGUCUCAUAACAUGACCAACCUCGUUGUGCAAAACUUUGCAGCCAACGUGGCCCUGGCCGUCGGCGCAUCGCCCAUCAUGGCCGGCUACGGCGAGGAGGCUGCAGAUUUGUGCAAGCUUGGAGGGGCUCUAGUCAUCAAUAUGGGAUCAGUUGACCCCAGUGGGCUGGCAAACUACGUGAAGGCACUCAAGGCGUACAAUCUGGAAGGACGGCCCGUCGUGUUUGACCCCGUGGGUGCCGGUGCAACCUCCCUUCGACGCGAAGCCGUCAAGAUGAUCAUGGCCAACGGCUACCUCGACGUGAUAAAGGGAAACGAGGGCGAAAUCAAGACGGUGUUUGGCAACAGCAAGGAGCAGCAACGGGGCGUUGACAGCACGAGCACAUUAGAUGCCUCACAGAAGGCCAAACUAGUACGGGAACUUGCGAGUCGCGAGAAAAACGUGGUCCUUAUGACGGGCAAGACGGAUUUUGUUAGCGACGGCGUUCGAACAUACGCCAUUGACAACGGCCACGAGUAUCUCGGCAUGGUGACGGGCACGGGCUGUACGCUGGGCACAGCCAUCUCGGCCGCGAUUGCAUCGCGCCAGACGGAUAGGCUUGCGGCCGUUGUUGCGGCUAUCCUGCACUUUGAGAUUGCGGCCGAGCUCGCUGCCGAACGGCCCGAAGUCAGGGGGCCGGGAACUUUUGUCCCGGCCUUCUUGGACGAGCUGUAUCUCAUCAGGCAAGCCACAGCACGCAACGACUUAGCCUGGCUUGCGAGAGCGAAAGUCCGCGGUGUUGAGUAGAUGUAGAGCGUAACAAGAACUCCCCGGGCCCCUAUUUCUUUGGUCCCUCUCUGUGCCAGCGUCCCAGAACUCGGUUUGCCACAGUGAAUGCGGGGUAGAGUCGGCUCAUUCCCC